ACCGUAUAUAUUGACGGGGAAAGUGACGUUGACGACCUCGACUUAUAAGAUUCAAUAUGAGACGCUUGCAGGCUCUCUAUGAUGCUGGCUCAUGGAUGGGGUCAAUCCAAGGCGGCAAGAAGUGGCAGAAUUGUUUCUCUGAAGCUCGGACCAGCUGUUCUGUCUUCGGAGUCUUGGCAAAGAAGUUCGGUGGCCAAAUGGGGCCGGGACGACCGCGGCAACUCCCUUCUCUCCUGCAGAAGAGGCACAGCCAACCCCAGGGCGGCUUUGGGUCCUAA